GAACAUCCUCCACCUUCUCCCUUCAUUUGCCCUGUCAUACGAUCCAAAGACAGUGGUUUUCCCGAUUAUAAAAUAAUUAAUGGAUAUGUUUCUUACAUGAUUGACAGUUCUUGUUCUUUACACGGCGUCUCUUCACAUCAUGGCCACCGCCUUGACCCCUUGUAUUGGUGCAACAACAAAGAAUCAGAAGAUGAGCCUUCUUGGUGUGGUGCUUGCCAAUGUAAGGAAUCCAGUACAACCUAUUACUUUUGCAAUGAAUGUUGUGUAUCCUACCACAAAGAAUGCGUCGAGUCUUCCCCUCUAAUCAAAUCUCCUCUUCACCCUAAACACUAUCUCGAACUUUUCGCGCAUCGUGGGUUAACUAUGACUCAUUAUCACGACUGUAAGAUAAUUUCUUGUUCUUACUGUGGAUCAAGUGUUGGAGGUGAUCGUACAACGUUAUUUUACUACUGUUUUAUUUGUAAGUUUAGUUUGUAUCCUGUUUGUGCAAGAAGACCCUCAUUCUUGAACUAUCAAAAAAGACAUGAGCAUACUCUUAACCACUUCCCUAGAAAAAACGAUUUGAUAUGUGACGUUUGUGGAGUAGUUGAUAGCAAAUCUCUCAUCUACGUGUGUCUUCAAUGUGAUUUUGUUGUCCAUAAAAAUUGCAUAUACUUACCGUUUGUCAUAAAAAUAGCCCGUCAUGACCACCGUCUCUCUUUUACGUACUCUCAUCUUAGAGUAUUAUUGUCUUGUGGAGUUUGUCAUCAAAGGAUUGAAGAAAAUUAUGGAAAAUAUUAUUGCACAAAAGAUUGCAAUUACGUAGUGCAUUCCAAGUGUGCAACUCGGAGGAAUGUGUGGGAUGGAAAAGAACUCGAGGAAGAACCAGAAGAAGAAUAUGAAAAUCUAAAUUCUUUUGAAGUGAUAGGUGAUGGAAUUAUACAACAUUUCAGCCAUUCACAUCACAUGAAGUUUGAAAAGAAGAUCACUGGCAUAUUAUACUAUGAAAAUAAGCGAUGUCAAGCAUGCGUACUUCCAUUUUAUGGUGGUAAUGUUUACAAUUGUAUGGACUCCAAGUGUGAUUUUGUACUUCAUGAAGCAUGUGCAAAUCUUCCUCGGACAAAACAACAUAUUGCACAUCCCUAUCCAUUUAUUCUACAAGUGAGUGACACCAAAAAUUGUUUCUUUUGUGAAUAUUGUGAUCGUUUUUCAUGUGGUUUCAGAUAUGUUUGUUGCAAAGGGGAUGAGUCUAUAAGUAUAGACGUGCGAUGUGCUGCAAUAUCUGAGCCACUCUACCAUCAAUCUCACCCACAUCCUUUGUUUCUAAGCAAUGAACUUGGAAAACAUAAACCAUGUUCAAUGUGCAGAAAAAACAGUAUUCGAACCUUAAACUGCAUCGAAUGUGACUUCUGUUUGUGCUUCCAUUGUGCUACACUCCCAUAUAAAGUAAAAUAUGAGCAUGAUGAACAUUUCAUCACCCUUUCUUAUGAAGAGAAUGCAAGUCUGAAUUGGUGUGAAGUUUGUGAGAAAACUUUAGAUUCAUACAAAUGGCUUUAUACAUGUAACGAAUGUGGGGUGGCGUUCCAUAUUGCAUGUUUGUUAGGGAAAUGUGCAUUUUAUGUCAAGCCUGCUCAAAAUCUCUCAUUCGCUAGUCAUAAAUUUAAUAUAAUUCUGAUCAAUGGUCUCACUCGACCCAUCUGCGAAGAAUGUAAAAGUCGUUGCCAAGAUAAACUAAUGAUCCAAGAGCUUUAUGAUGGUAAAGAAAUAACAGCUUGUUAUCGUCAUUGGGAAGAGAACGAUAUUUAAGGUCAGGGAUUCGGAUGCUGGUGAAAGAAAAAAAAACAGCAACCAAAAUUUACAUGUUCUGGUUGGUAUUCAAGGAUUA